UUUAGCUGUCGUAACCGUUUCACUCCACCUGGUUAUCAACAGAGGCUGCCAAAAUCUGACACGAAGCCUUUUAGGAGAGAGAACGCGUGGUGUUCCACGAGGACGCGCUUCGCUGCGCGGCGAAAGAGCGGAUAAUUUAGGUGCGAUAAGAGAAGGAAAAGCUCGAGAGCUUUUGGUACGGGAGAGAACGCAAAGAUGUCGACUUUGAGCAUUCCGCCGGUUCUGUCUUCCCCUCGCCAGGACGCCAUUGAUCUCUACAAAGCCUUUAAAGGAUUCGGCUGUGACAGUGCAGCAGUAGUAAACAUUCUUGCUCACCGCGAUGCAACACAACGUGCACUCAUUCAACAGGAAUACCGAGCCAUGUAUUCUGAGGAGCUCAUCAAACGCUUAUCUUCUGAGCUCAGUGGAAACCUAAAGAGAGCAAUGCUCCUAUGGGUUCUUGAUCCACCAGGACGUGAUGCAACUAUAUUAAGGCAGGCACUCAGUGGAGAUGUCAUUGAUUUGCAAGCAGCCACUGAAGCAAUAUGCUCUCGUACACCAUCAAUGAUACAGAUAAUUAAACAAGCAUACUAUGCAAAAUUUGGUUCUUAUCUUGAGCAUGACAUUCAUCGUCAAACCUCUGGAGAUCACCAAAAGUUGCUUCUUGCAUAUGUAAGCAUGCCACGUUAUGAAGGCCCUGAGGUUGAUUCUAUAAUGGUAGCUAAUGAUGCAAAGGCCCUCUUUAAAGCUGGUGAGAAGCGAUUAGGAACAGAUGAGAAGGCUUUCAUCCGUAUCUUCAGUGAAAGAAGCAGUGCACAUUUAGCAGCUGUUUCUUCUUGCUACUCUCAUACAUACGGUAGCUCCCUUGAAAAGGCUGUGAAGAGUGAGACAUCUGGAUAUUUUGAAGUUGCUCUUCUUGCAAUCCUCAGAGUUGCUGAAAAUCCUGCCAAGUAUUUUGCUAAGGUGUUGCGCAAGGCAAUGAAAGGCCUAGGAACCAAUGAUACAACACUCAUAAGGGUUGUGGUCUCCAGGACUGAGAUUGAUAUGCAAUAUAUAAAAGCAGAAUACCGGAAGAAAUACAACAAACCCUUGAAGGAUGCGAUCCAUUCAGAGACAUCAGGCCAUUAUCGAACUUUUCUUCUCUCUCUUGUGGGUCCCAACAAUUAGGUGCUCUUUGCUGUCGUCUUUUUUCGAGUUUUGCUUUAUCGAUCAGCCUAUACUGAAUCACUUUCCUCCCUUGAUAAGGGAAGCUUACAUGAUAGGGUGGUGAUUCACUGGGGAAGAAUGGACAGUUGUAUCCUGCGUACAAGAUCCUCAUCUUUGUACAUAUAAUACUGUAAUUGUCAAGUUUGGUGUUCUUAUCAGAAUGUCUGGCAUUAUUUUAUGUUUGUGUAUUUGGUCAUGGUAUGCAAAAACAGUUUCACAUUUUAUUGUUGCUUCUUGCACCAACUGCUAUGGUCUGCUUGUGAUGGUAAAAAUUUGGUUGAUUGUUCCGAAAUGAGCUGAUCCUCGACAUUUGUUAUAACCUUAUCAUUGGCAUAGAAUUUUUAUUUCUUGCUGGCU